CCCCUUUUCGGUUUUCUUAUAUGCUAACAUUUCAGAAUUCGUCUGGAAUGACCAAAGCACCCCUCAUAUUUAUAGAAAAGGAUAUUUCUCUCUUCCUCUUCGAUUUUCGAUUUCCUCUCCUCCCAAUCUCGGACGCUCUCGCAAGAACCAGAAGAGGAAGACCACAGCAGUCCCCUGUAGCAAUGCCCCACGUACUCCUCCACCACCACCUCCCGAUCACAACCGUCCAUCUCAAACCAUGUUCUUUCCCCACCCCAAAACCAACGGCCCAUAUUCACCUACGCACCAACCCCACAACAGGCGCAACCAUAAAGUGCAUGGCCAAUCCAAGGAGAGUUAAAAUGGUAGCGAAACAGAUAAGGAGGGAGCUUUCCGACAUGCUCUUAACAGACAAAGUGUUGCAAUACGCUAUCUUGCCUGAAGCCGCCUUGGGAGCCGACCGUUACCUCUCUUCUCUUACUACCAUAAGCGAUGUUGAAGUUUCAACUGAUUUACAGGUUGUUAAAGUAUAUGUGUCUGUUUUUGGUGAUGAGAGAGGGAAGGAGAUUGCACUUGCCGGGUUGAAGUCAAAAGCUAAAUACGUUAGAAGUGAGCUGGGGAAGCGUAUGAAGUUGCGGCUUACUCCUGAGAUACGCUUUAUUGAAGAUGAAUCUCAGGAGAGAGGAAGCAGGGUGAUUGCAAUAUUAGAUAAAAUAAAGGCUGAGAAAAAGAUUGCAACAGAUGAAGAUGAAGAAGAAUUUGAAUCAUCUGAUUCACCUCAAGAUGACAGAGAUUGCGAGGGUGAUGACCCUGAUGAAGGAGAUAUUAUUUACGUAAAGUAAUUGCCUUCUCAGUUACUCAGCAUUUCCUGAGGGCAGAAUGAAGUUGUUGUUGUAACAAUUUUACAGCAACAAGUCUUCUCAUUUGAUGCCGCUGCCAUUAUCUGAAGCAUCUUUCCAUCCAUGUCAUUCUACAUGAAUCUAUCCAAAAUUUUGCCUUGCUUUCACUUUUUCGUUCUUGUGUGAUAUAUACAUAAUGUAAUGAUCAAUUUGUUAACUCUAAAUGCUAGUCUAGGUUGGAGGAUUCCAGAUGUUAAGACAUUCAACCACGAUCAUUGUCCACCAAGUAAUCAUAUGCCCAACGUGAGAAAUCGGGUCGCAGGUCCAGUAUGCAAGAGUUGUGGUUUGUUUGAGUUUAAUAUCGCCCCAGCUGUCUUAAACCUGGCAUGGAAAGGUACACUUGAUUGUGUACUGUACUCUGUAAAACCUCCCAUCAAUAUUUGAAACCUGAUUUCAUACAAGGUUAUAAAAGAGCCUAUCAGUUCUUUGAAACCAGCUUUACACGGCACAAGAAUGGUGGGAGAAACGUAGCAUUUAACAUUUAAGCCAAUGGUGUAAUAGGAACUUGUGGGUGCAAAGUGCAAACCUUAUUGAAACGAUUAGACUAUUUUAGCAAAGAUGCUGUUUCAAUGCCUGCUAACAAUAUAAGUUGAGAGCAGCAUUUAGUUCAUUCCCUAAACAAAAACCAGUGUAGCACCAUAGAACAUUUGCCUAUCUCACAAAAUAAUAAAUGCUUUAUACCCCAGAAAGAACAAAGAAAAAUACAGAUAACAGUUGAUUAACGUAAAAGAAAAGUUGAAACCUUGAAUACUUUGGUUGCCACGAUUCAGGAAAGAACUAAUGGUGCACAAGAUUUUAAAAAAUGCACCAGAUUUUGGGAGCCAAAAAGUGACAGAAUUAUUAUUUUGAACCAGGGAGCGUAUGAUCAUCCAACAGGUUGGCCAUUGCGAAUUACAGAACAGAAACUAAACAUCCAUAGUGUAACCAUUGCCAACUGAAAAAAUAAUACUUGAAGGACCAAGUGGAUAACUCUCUAAAAAAUUUUAGGGACAGGUAAGUCAUGGUCCACAAAUGCUGCAGGCCAAAAUGAAAAACUGGUACAAUUCCAUUGAUAUGCAUUAUUCCUACACCAAACUCAACUCAUGCAUGCAACUAUGAACAAAACCCCUCUGCUUUAGUGGUGAGCCUUUGCUUCAGCUUUCUUUUGAGACUUUGCCUUUGCC